UGAAUCAAAUUGAUACGCAAUUUGGGAGUUUAGAAAUCUAUUUAGUAACUUUUUUAAUUUUGGUAACAAAUCCAAAAAAAUUCAUAGCACGUUGUCUAUUUUGGAAAGGAUUGGACCGAACAAGCCUUUAUCAGAUAUAGAGACAGAGAAAUGAAAAAACGGCACAUCGAGCUGACGCUGGAGAGAGCCCAAGUCUGAGACCCAGAAACUCUACUCUGCCUUUCCCCUAAAACAAAGAACGAUUUUAUAUUAAAGAAAGGUCAAAAAAAAAAAGAUUUGUGGAUUUCGAGGCCAAAACAUCGGGCACUUUCUUCGGUGUCUUGUGGAUAAAAGAUGAGUACACUGGAUGCGACUAGAGCAGAACUUGCUCUUAUUGUUUUGUAUUUGAAUAAGGCUGACGCAAGGGAUAAGAUAUGCAGGGCUAUACAAUACGGCUCCAAAUUCCUAAGUAACGGACAACCUGGAACAGCCCAAAACGUUGACAAAUCAACCAGCUUGGCUCGGAAAGUUUUCCGUCUUUUUAAGUUUGUCAAUGAUUUGCAUGGUCUUAUUAGCCCAGUUCCUCUAGGAACUCCCCUACCACUUGUUCUGCUGGGAAAGUCAAAAAAUGCACUGUUGUCAACAUUCUUAUUUCUCGAUCAAAUUGUCUGGCUUGGCAGAACAGGUAUCUAUAAGAACAAAGAACAAGCUGAUCUGAUUGGACGAAUAUCCCUUUUCUGUUGGAUGGGUUCCUCAAUCUGUUCCACCUUGGUUGAGCUUGGGGAGCUUCAAAGGCUAUCUGCAUCAAUGAAAAAGUUGGAAAAGAAUCUUAAGAAUAGUGAUAAGUACAAGGAUGAGGAAUACCUUACCAAGCUCCAAAAAUCAAAUGGGAGGACUCUAGCUCUUGUUAAAGCAGGAAUGGAUAUAGUUGUAGCAGUUGGGCUUCUUCAAUUGGCACCUAAGAAAGUCACACCUCGUGUAACAGGAGCCUUUGGAUUUGCUUCGUCUCUCAUUUCCUGUUAUCAGUUACUUCCAUCACCACCCAAAUCCAAGACCCACUGAAGUUGGAAGACUGUUUUGCUCAACAAGCUUGAGUAUCAAUUAAAUAAUUUAAUUGAACUUGUGAGUUAAGUUCAUAUUGAUGUAAGCUUUGAAGAAUUUGUCAGCUUGGGGCCGGAGUGACCUGGAAAAUCCUCUUCCUGUUUAGCCUCACUGUUUGUUGCAUUUCUUUCAGGAACUUAACAAAAUAAUACUAAUAUAUAUAUAUAUAUAUAUAUAUAUAUAUAUUGCUGUCAUUUGUUAACAUUGAUGAUUACAGACAGCCUACUCUGUUUUGUGUGUGCCCAAUUUAGUGACAACCCUAUGCAGAAAUUACAGGGUAAGUUAAAGGUCAUGG